GCGGGCGGCGGCGGGCGGCCCGGGAGACACGCGCCGGCCAGACUCUAUGCGGUGACUCGCGCGGCGCAGGCGCCUCCUGCCCCGCCGGCGGGGCCCGGGCUCCCCGCGGCGGGAUGUUCUCCCGAAGGAGCCACGGGGAUGUGAAGAAGUCCACGCAGAAGGUGCUGGACCCCAAGAAGGACGUGCUGACCCGCCUGAAGCACCUGCGAGCGCUGCUGGAUAACGUGGAUGCAAGUGAUCUUAAGCAGUUUUUUGAGACCAACUAUUCUCAGAUAUAUUUCAUCUUCUAUGAAAAUUUUAUAACACUGGAAAACAGUUUGAAAUUAAAAGGGAAUAAUAAGUCACAAAGGGAGGAGCUGGACUCCAUCCUCUUUCUUUUUGAAAAAAUACUGCAGUUUCUACCUGAACGAAUUUUCUUUCGAUGGCAUUACCAGAGUAUAGGCUCAACGUUAAAGAAGCUUCUACACACUGGAAAUUCUAUUAAGAUAAGAUGUGAAGGAAUCAGGCUGUAUCUCCUGUGGCUUCAAGCACUUCAGACAAACUGUGCAGAAGAGCAGGUGCUGAUCUUUGCUUGCCUGGUGCCCGGUUUCCCAGCCAUCAUGUCGUCCAGGGGGCCCUGUACACUGGAGACACUCAUCAAUCCUGGCCCCAGCGCAGCUGACGCAAAGAUAUAUCCAGAAGAAAUCACACCACUCCUGCCAGCCAUAUCAGGGGAAAAGAUCACUGAGGACCAAACAUGCUUUUUUCUUCAAAUACUGUUGAAAUAUAUGGUUACUCAGGCCGCAAGCUUGGAGUGGAAGCACAAGGAGAAUCAAGAGACUGGUUUCAAAUUUCUUUUUACAUUGUUUAGAAAGUAUUACCUUCCUCAUUUGUUUCCAUCAUUUACCAAGUUGACGAACAUCUACAAGCCUGUGCUUGACAUCCCCCACUUGAGACCAAAGCCCGUGUAUGUUGCUACAGCUCGAGACAGUGAGAGCACCUACAGCACGAAAACCCCAUACAUGGCAGCUCGCGUUGUUUUUAUUAAGUGGAUCGUGACUUUCUUUUUGGAAAAAAAGUAUCUAACUGCAACACAAAACGCUAAGAAUGGAGUUGACGUAUUGCCCAAAAUCAUUCAGGUGCCUUUCUUGCAGACCGUCGGGGGUGGAGGUGCAGUGCCGGAGCGGGCGCCAGAGCUGGACAACGGCGGGGCGACCGAGCAGGACAGAAGCCACUCGGACAGUGGCACCUUGUCCGAGCGCCGGCUCAGCAGCUGCAGUGUCUGUGGCGUUGAGGAGGAGCACCGCGCCGUGUAUGAGAUGGUCCAGCGCAUCCUCCUGUCCACGCGUGGCUACAUCAACUUCGUGAACGAAGUGUUCCGCCAGGCAUUUUUGCUGCCUUCCUGUGACAUAGCCGUAACCAGAAAAGUAGUUCAAGUGUACAGAAAGUGGAUCCUCCAGGACAAACCUGUGUUCAUGGAGGAACCAGACAUAAAAGAAGUUGCCCAAGAAGAUGCUGAAAAAUUAGGAUUUUCAGAGACUGAUAACAAGCAGACCUCAUCUGAAAGUUCUGGUCACAAGCGAUCUUCCAGUUGGGGACGAACUUAUUCCUUCACGAGUGCUGUGAGCAGAGGGUGUGUGACCGAAGAGGAGAAUAAAAACGUGAAGGCUGGAGCCCAAGCUAUGCUGCAGGUAUUUUUGACAAACGCUGCAAACGUCUUCUUGCUGGAACCGUGUGUGGAAGUUCCCAUGCUCUUGAAGGAGCAAGUUGAUGCGUGUAAAGCUGUUCUGAUUAUUUUUAGGCGCAUGAUAAUGGAGCUUACAAUGAAUAAAAAGACAUGGGAACAGAUGUUGCAAAUACUACUCAGGAUAACAGAAGCUGUCAUGCAGAAGCCAAAGGAUAAACAAAUAAAGGACUUGUUUGCCCAGAGCUUGGCAGGGUUACUGUUUAGGACGCUCAUAGUGGCCUGGAUCCGUGCAAACCUCUGCGUGUACAUCUCUCGGGAGCUCUGGGACGACUUCCUUGGGGUGCUGUCCUCCCUCACAGACUGGGAAGAACUCAUCCACGAGUGGGCCAGCAUCAUGGACUCCUUGACGGUGGUGCUUGCCAGGACCGUGUACGGAGUUGAGAUGACAAACCUACCUCUGGACAAAUUAAGUGAACAGAAGGAGAAGAAGCAGCGAGGCAAAGGCUGUGUUCCAGAUUCUCAGAAAGGAACCACUGUGGGGAGAUCCUUUUCUCUGAGCUGGCGGAGCCACCCCGAUGUGGCCGAGCCCAUGAGAUUUAGGAGUGCCACCACAUCCGGGGCGCCGGGAGUUGAGAAAGCGAGAAACAUCGUCCGCCAGAAAGCAACCGAAGUAGAAGAAUGCCCGCAGCCGGAAAAUGCAGCUGCAGCCGAAUCCGGCCCCCUGGCAGCAGCCGAGCAGCAGCCAAUGGUUCGGAGCAGCAGCAGCCCUGACGUCACGGAGCCACUGUGCUCAGAGGCCCCUCCGGGUCAAAAGGUAGAAAAUGCACAGAAUGUGAGUUCUUCAGAGCCCAGGCCUGUUCAGGAGAACAAAGGACAUGAGAAGAAAGAACAUGAAGGAAUAACAAUCUCAGUACGAAGAAGCAGCAGCCCCGCUGAAUUGGAUUUGAAAGAUGAUUUGCAGCAGACGCAAGGAAGAUACAGAGGGAGACAGAAGAGUGACAGUGUCAGCAGUGACCCUGCUCUGGGCUGCAACACCGAGGCAGAGCUGUCCCUGAGCCCGUGGCAGAUCUGCGAGGAAGACCCGGAACUGAGCACGCCCACAGAUGCUGUGACUGACUCCGAUGCCCGCCACUGGUUACAGCUCAGUCCCACGGAUGCUUCCAACCUCACAGAUAGCAGCGAAUGCCUUGCUGAUGACUGUAGCAUAAUCGCUGGGGGGACCCUCACGGGUUGGCACCCAGACUCGGCCGCCGUGUUAUGGCGAAGAAUCUUGGGAAUCCUCGGAGACGUGAAUAAUAUCCAGUCACCCAAGAUCCAUGCCAGAGUGUUUGGCUAUCUCUAUGAACUCUGGUACAAGCUAGCGAAGAUACGGGAUAACCUAGCAAUAAGCCUGGAUAACCAGUCUUCUCCGUCUCCUCCCGCCUUGAUCCCACCCCUCAGAAUGUUUGCAUCAUGGCUAUUUAAGGCGACAACGCUGCCUGGUGCAUAUAAGGAAGGCAAACUCCAAGCCUACAAGCUGAUCUGCGCCAUGAUGACCCGACGCCAGGACGUGCUGCCCAACUCGGACUUCCUGGUGCAUUUUUACCUCGUCAUGCACCUGGGACUAACCAGCGAGGACCAGGAUAUCUUAAAUACCGUUGUAAGGCACUGCCCACCCCGCUUUUUCUCCCUGGGUUUGCCCGGCUUCUCCAUGCUGGUGGGGGACUUCAUCACGGCCGCUGCCAGGGUCCUCAGUGCAGACACGCUGGCGGCCCCUCGUUUGGAAGCCCUCACCAUUCUCGGGUCUCUGGUCUGCUUUCCCAACACCUACCGCGAGAUCCCUCUGUGGCAGCCGGUGCCCGAAGUUACUGAAGUCACCAGGGGAACGGAAGAUGUCAAGCACUACCUCAUAAGUAUUUUACUGAAGAAUGCCACAGAGGAACCAAAUGAGAGUGCAAGGUGCAUUGCCAUUUGCUCCCUUGGGGUCUGGAUCUGUGAAGAGCUUGCACAGGGCACAAACCAUCCUCAGCUGAGAGAGGCCGUCAACGUGAUAGGCGUCACUUUGAAGUUUCCUAACAAAAUCGUGGCCCAGGUAGCUUGUGAUGUGCUUCAGUUGCUGGUUUCCUACUGGGAAAAGCUUCAGAUGUUUGAAACCUCUCUGCCUCGGAAAAUUGCAGAAAUCCUCGUGGCCACGAUUGCUUUUCUUUUACCAAGUGCAGAGCACUCCUCAGUGGAAACAGAUAAGAAGUUCCUCGUGUCCCUGCUGCUCUGCCUCCUGGACUGGUGCAUGGCGCUGCCGGCGGGCGCCCUCCUCCACCCCGUGUCCACGGCGGCCCUGGACGAGCAGCCCGCGGCCCGGACCCCCUUGCUGGAUUACAUCUACAGGGUUCUGCACUGCUGUGUUUGCGGCUCAAGCACGUACACCCAGCAGAGCCGCUACACCCUGACCCUGGCUGACCUGUCAUCCGCGGAUUACGACCCCUUCCUCCCACUGGCAAACGUGAAGAAUUCUGAGCCGGUCCAAUUUCAUUCAUCAGCAGAACUGGGCAACCUGCUUACUGUCGAAGAGGAGAGGAGGCGAAGGAGCAUGGAGCUGAUCCCGCUGACUGCGCGCAUGGUGAUGGCACACCUGGUGAACCACCUGGGACACUUCCCCCUGCGCGGGGGCCCCGCCGUGCUGCACAGCUUGGUCAGUGAGCACCACGACAACACACAUGCCGACGCUGCCGAGCUCUCCCCCGACGUGUUCAGGAGCCCGAACCUGCAGUUGUUUGUGUUCAACGAUAGCACCCUCAUCUCCUACCUGCAGACACCCGCAGCGGGUCCUCCCGGUGGGUCGCCGGAGGGCGCCCCCUCGGACGUGAGAGUGAUCGUGAGGGACAUCUCGGGGAAGUACUCCUGGGACGGGAAGGUGCUCUAUGGACCUCUGGAAGGCUGCUUAGCCCCAAAGGGCAGAAGUCCCUCGUUCCUGAUCUCGGGCUGGCAUCACCAAACACCUGGACCUCAGAGGGAUCUUUCUCAGACUGAGGAGGGGGAGGACGUCCUCAACAAAUUACUUGAAAACAUUGGCCACACGAGUCCCGAAUGCCUUUUACCGUCACAGCUCCAUCUCAACGAGCCUUCCCCACCCCCGUGUGGAAUGAACCGUGCCCAAGAGAAGGAAAUCACCGAGAUCCUCCUGCGUCAGAGCGCACAGGAAGAUGAGUAUGUCCAGAGGUGCGACUUGGACGUGGCCAUGAAGGUUGCCAGCCAGGAGCCGCCAUCACCGGUGGAGCCCCGGGGAGCCUUUUACUUCUGCAGGUUGCUGCUCGAUGACUUGGGAAUGAAUUCUUGGGACAGAAGGAAGAAUUUCCAUCUGUUGAAGAAAAAUUCAAAAUUAUUGAGAGAGCUAAAAAAUCUGGACUCCCGACAGUGCCGUGAAACGCACAAAAUCGCCGUGUUUUACGUUGCUGACGGCCAAGAAGACAAGUGCUCGAUCCUUUCCAAUGAAAGAGGAAGCCGAGCGUACGAAGACUUUGUUGCUGGACUGGGAUGGGAGGUGGACCUCUCAACCCACUGCGGGUUCAUGGGUGGACUUCAACGCAACGGCAGCACGGGCCAGACUGCCCCCUACUAUGCUACCUCGACCGUGGAAGUGAUUUUCCACGUUUCAACUCGGAUGCCAUCAGACUCAGAUGAUUCGCUCACCAAAAAGCUCCGUCACUUGGGGAAUGACGAGGUCCACAUCAUCUGGUCUGAACACUCCCGGGACUACCGCAGGGGGAUCAUCCCCACCGCCUUCGGAGACGUUUCAAUCAUCAUCUACCCCAUGAAGAAUCACAUGUUCUUUAUCGCGAUAACGAAGAAACCCGAGGUUCCGUUUUUUGGGCCCCUAUUUGAUGGAGCAAUCGUGAGUGGGCAGCUCCUGCCAAGCCUUAUCUGUGCCACUUGCAUCAACGCCAGCAGGGCCGUGAAGUGCCUCAUCCCCCUCUACCAGAGCUUCUACGAGGAGAGAGCUCUGUAUCUCGAAGCAGUAAUCCAGAACCAUCGUGAAGUCAUGACGUUUGAGGAUUUCACAGCGCAGGUCUUCUCCCCGUCUUCCAGCUACUCCGUCAGCGGAACUGCAGGGCCCUGUGGUCAAGCACAGGGACAGUGGCCUGAACACUGUGUUCAGCCCACACUGUACCCUGGGAAAUGCCUCCCCUGCUCCCCGGCUCCCCUACCUCAGCACUGCCGCCUGUCACCCAGGGCAGCCCGGAGGGGCAUCUGGACUCACUGCCGACACCAGGACGUAGGACCUUCUACUGUUAGGCCAACAGAUACGUAAAGGCCUCGGCGCGGUAUUUGUACAAGGGCCCUGGCCGCCAGGCUGAGCCUCCUGCACGGCACCUCUCGGGGAGUGUGAGACGGCUGAGAGUCCCCCACUUCCCCACCCGAAUCCCCAAACCCAGACUCCGGGAACAUCACUGCCCUGCUGGUGCCCUCAGCCGGUCUCCCCAUUCACCGUCUUCUGAAGUUGAAGAGGAAUCCCACCGAAAUGCUGUGGAUCGGACUUUCAAACUAGGCGGUAGCAUCUGAGGAACCCUGGGCUUCGAAACAAGAAAAGAAAAAGUCACCAACAACCGGAGACUCGCCCACUGUCACGCGGCGCCGGUGGGGCUGCCCUAGCAGAGGAAAACGGAGAAGGUUCCAGGCUUUCCGGGAGGGCAGGGGGCAGCUGACUCUGUCCGCCGGUCGUUUAUAAACCCAUCAUGUCUCACCGAGGGGCCGGUUGUUGGAGGAAUGUUCCCUGCCUUGAUUUUGCUCAUUCUUCUUCUGUUAGGAUUUAUGGUUAGUCCAGAAUUUCAUCAUCAUGGAAAUUGGCUUUCCCUAGAGUCUCGAGCCCGGGAGAAGUUUUACCUCCGUUGCUGUGUGUAUUCCACCUGGUUCCUGAUGCCUGCUAACUGAGGAGAGGUUUCCUGCCCCUGGCCCUGCUGGAGGCCCUCCAGGUGAUGAUGGUGAAGCUUCUAUCACAGAGCGCUCAGGUGAUUCUAGAAACACAGGGUCCUGUCCCUGCAAAGCUCCCUUCCAGGCACCUCCGAAGGCUUUGCCCUGUGGUGCCCUGCCGGCAGGGGCCUCACACACGUUUCCUGACACACAGAGCUUUAGGGUGACAGAUCCCGAGCAGAGGGUGUGUGAUCCCUACUUUGUACCCAUUUGCCUCCCCAAGGAAGGCCUGUUGCAUCUUUUUUUAAAAAAAAAGAAAGAAAGCCCCAACUUCCGUCUGUGCUUGCCGGGCGCUCUUGCUGGGGUCGGGGUGUUGGGUGCAGGCCCUCUGCUUGUCAUCUAGGCCCUCGGGCCAUCUGCGGAGUAAGCCCAGGGCUCAACAGGGGAGCCGCCAGCUAAGGGCUUGGAAAGGUCUCCGUGCAGGUGCUUCCCCACCUCUCCACUCUUGCCCUCACCUGUGCACACCCCCAGCCUACCUUGGCCACCUUCCCGCUGAGCCCACUCUCCCACAGAGCUGCCGUUUCCCCUGACCACCCAGGUCCAGGUGGCUGGGCUGUUACCCGACGUUGGCAGGAGAGGUGGGCAGACCCAGGAGCCAGCCUUGGUGUGGGGACAGUGGAGAAAGGCUUUCCUGGAAGGAGGGGACUUCUAAUUCUCCAGGGAGCUUGUUCUUCUGUUUUACAGAGGAUUGCAGGUAGGACUUGAGGCCAGGCCCACAGAAAGGGGGAGCUCGAGCACCGCUGGGACCUGAGAGAACCAGGUUCAUUCCAAACAGAGGCCGUGCUCUGGGCUGGCCUGUAAACGGGGCCGAUUUGUUGCUUCAUUGGGGGCUUAGUGGCAACAUAAAGGGUGACUGGAAGUGACAGCCUUUUCUGCUGUGUUAGCAGCUGUCACGAUUCUUAUCUUCCUGGGCACCCCCUGCCCGACCUUAAGUGAGGUGGACUGUCUGCUUGGUGUGCUUUGGCCCACGUGCCUCUGGGCUCAGCACUCUUACCGCUGCUCCACGUGGUGCCUCAUUCCUGCGGGAAGGGCAUCGCAUGCUCCUGGGCUCCUGAGUGCCACGGAAGCUCCAGCUUCUGGGAGAAUGUGUCACCUUCAGGCUCUAGAAUACCCCUGUUGCAGAAUUCUUGGAUUUAGUCAGUGUCAGGAUUCAGAAUCAUAUUGAACCCCCCCCCCCCGGACUCUUGCACCAUGAUUCCACUUCAUCUCCAGGAACGAGUCCUGACCUGGAGUGGGAAAUCCGGUUGUAGGUAGCAAAUAGGUAGACCUUCCUAUAAUCCCUAAUGAUUUUUGGCAGCCCCAUGACCCUGGAGGACAGCCAGAAGUUUUAUGGCUCUUAGCAGUAACAGCUUUGGUUUGGAGAUUUGGAACCGGGAGACAGGAACUCUAGCGACCAGUUUUGCUUGCACUCACGUGCACUUGAAUCGUUCAUGUUAUUUGGGGUGGAAAAUUGAAAUGAUCAAGUUUUUUUUUUUUUUUUUCACUUAGAAAAGCAAAUAUCGAGCUUCUGUAAUAAAUGCCUUUCAGCAAAAUUGCCGAGGAUCACUCAUCCGGUGGGGACCCCACCUGAGUCACAGUGCUGACUCGUCACAUUAGUAGGUCGGCCAUCUGUAAACAGAAGUGGCCCUAAGUGGCCCAAAAUAGAUAAGACUUGCUGGUUUCCAGGCAGGGCCAGGCCAGUCCCCUCACUUCUCUGCACGCUGAUUUCCAUCUGAAGCAAAGAUGUCGUUCUGUAGUCUCACUGAGUAUGUUUUUGUACUUAAAAAAAUAGUAAUUCCACAAAAUGAUGACAUUUGAAGUGGUAAAACCUUAAGUAGACAGCAGUGAGGACUUGUAGCUCGGGUAAGCGACUGUCACAGCGUCUUCCUGCGGUUAAGGCUGCAGUUCCCGACGGCCACUGGGAAGGAGGGGGUUUCAGCCUUGACUCUAUGAGAGAGGCUGGCUUAUGGGACCUUAGCCUUACCAACAAGAUCCUGUGGAUCGGUAGACAAUGCAAAUCACGUCUUCCUGACCUUCCUCAGGUGUGACCACCCGUGCUUCGUUCACUGUCAUAUCUGUAUCAUCUGGAGGUUUGAAGGACGCUUUCAUGUUUACUGUGAUGUCGUAGAUGUAACUGUGCUACCUUCAUAGCUACUGAAGGGGAAUGUCCACAUCCGAAGGGAAGUUCAACAGGAAACAGCCAUGUUUUAGUUGCACUCAGUACCUAUGUAUGACAUACACAUUAAGUGAAUGUUUUCUUGUGUUUUCAGGUCUACAAUAUUUAGUACAUGUAAAUGAGGAUGAAAUUUGAUAAACAUGGUAAAUUAAGUUAUAGGGUGUCAUUUGAUUUCUAUCUUGCUGUCUCUUAUUAUUUAAUUUUCCUGAUGCUCCACAUCUGGGCUUAUACCUCCGUCGGUGUAGACUUUGCCUGUAACCCACUUGGCAGGCAUGGUGCCCCGUGGCGAGGGGUGACCCUCGCCCGGAGAAGCACACGGCCCACCGAUGGCCACUACCUGACUCUCCAGUUUGCCCUCUGUCUUUAAUUCUGAUUUACUGUGACGACUUAAUAAAGUAGAAACACAGUA